AUGGAUUUAGACAAUUUAGAUACUUACGAUCAAGAAUUUUGGGAGUUGGUUGAAGAAGAAUUUAUGGACGACAGUGAUGAAGAACAACAACUUCAAAAUGAACGUCGACUUGGAAGUUCCUUUAGGCCAAAGAGAAGAACAACGGUAGAUCGAGGUCGUGAAGAAGGGCACAAUCGAUUAUUCAAUGACUACUUCUCGGAAAAUCCAGUAUACACAAAUGUUCAAUUCCAAAGAAGGUUCAGAAUGCAUAGGCAUGUAUUUAUUCGAAUUGUAGAUGCCCUUGGAAAUCAUGAUGAAUACUUUCAAAUGAGGGUUGAUGCAACAGGUAAAAUGGGUCUUUCACCAUUGCAGAAAGCACUUCAAUUGAGUGCUUAG